AUGGCCGACCGAUACAUUCCCGAGCAUAGACGCAACUUUAAGGCAAAGGCCAACUUCAAACCCGAUGAGUUGAGACGUCGUCGUGAGGAGCAGCAGGUAGAGAUUCGAAAGCAGAAGCGGGAGGAAAAUCUGGCAAAACGGAGAAAUAUGGCUGUAACUAGCCCUGCACCUGGAGCAGGCGUUGAUAGCGAUGAAGAGGGAGGAACCGAAUCACAGGCGAGUCCUUAUUUUUAUUUUUAUUAUUUUUUCUUCUCUUGGUUUUCUUUUGUUUACUCCACGCCUUCCCCGCGAACCAGUCCCUUCCCUGCUUUGUUUCUAAUGGCCAAUAUGCAUAACCCCGGCACCGGUACGGGUUUCUCCAUCUCGUAAUUCGAGUCGUGUAGGCUCUUUAUCAAACCUUGCCUGAUGCCUUGGAGUAUUAUUCUUUUUGUUCUCUCAUUUACCUGACAAAAUUUCCCUCUCACAUUAUGGUGUGAGGUUUUGCGGUCGUCAUACAAAAUUUGUGGCUCGCUAACGCGCUAAUGUUGCCUUACAGCUAAACGAGGACCUCCCGUCCAUGUGCGCAGGUGUUUUUUCUGAAUCAAUUGAUCAACAGAUUCAGGCUACCACCAGAUUCAGAAAACUCUUAUCAAAGGAGCGUAAUCCUCCUAUUGAGAAGGUGAUCGAAUGUGGUGUGGUUUCUCGCUUCGUGGAAUUUCUUCGCUCUCCCCACACCCUCGUUCAAUUUGAGGCGGCUUGGGCUUUGACCAACAUUGCUUCGGGAUCGGCAUCGCAGACUCAAGUUGUCAUUGAGGCUGGUGCCGUUCCCAUUUUCGUCGAGUUGUUGUCUAGCCACGAGCCAGACGUUAGAGAGCAGGCGGUUUGGGCUCUGGGCAACAUUGCUGGUGACUCGCCACAAUGCCGGGAUUUCGUUCUGGCUGCCGGCGCCCUGCCACCUCUAUUGAGCCUUUUGGGUGAUAGCCGGAAGUUGAGCAUGCUUAGGAAUGCUACGUGGACGUUGAGUAAUUUUUGCCGUGGAAAGACCCCUCAGCCGGAUUGGCCCACGGUGAGUUUUCUGAAAUGCGGGAAUACCUUUAAGUGCAGCUGUACUGAUAUAGUUUUAGAUUCUUCCCGCUCUUCCGGUUCUCGCGAAGUUGGUGUAUUCUCUGGACGAUGAAGUCUUGAUUGACGCUUGUUGGGCCAUCUCUUACCUCUCAGAUGGCUCAAAUGAUAAGAUACAGGCAGUCAUUGAGAACGGAAUUCCACGGCGUCUUGUCGAGCUUUUGAUGCAUUCAUCUACUUCAGUCCAGACUCCCGCCCUUCGUUCGGUUGGAAACAUCGUUACCGGAGACGAUGUGCAAACACAGGUUAUUAUCAAUUGUGGUGCUCUUCCUGCCCUUCUAGCACUAUUGGGCUCGCCCAAGGAUGGAAUUCGCAAGGAGGCUUGCUGGACAAUCUCCAACAUUACCGCCGGGAAUUCGACCCAGAUCCAGGCGGUCAUUGAUGCUAACAUCAUCCCCCCACUUAUCAACCUCCUCUCGCACGGUGAUUUCAAGACUCGUAAAGAAGCUUGCUGGGCAAUUUCGAAUGCAACUAGCGGAGGCCUUCAAAAGCCUGAACAAAUUAGGUAUCUCGUUUCCCAGGGAUGCAUCAGACCCCUUUGCGACCUUCUCGGCUGUAUGGACAAUAAGAUCAUUCAGGUUGCCCUUGAUGGUCUCGAGAAUAUCCUCAAGGUUGGCGAUAUGGACAAGGGUGCUGAGACCGACAACAUGAACCGUUAUGCUAUGUUCAUCGAGGAGGCUGGUGGAAUGGAGAGGAUCCAUGCUGCUCAAAACAAUGCCAACGAGGAAAUCUACAUGAAAGCGUACAACAUCAUCGAGAAGUACUUUUCUGAUGAGGAUGAUGAGACCGGCGCGGAGAUUCAGGGGUUGGCUCCUCAAGCCCAGCAGGACGGGCAAGCUGGAACCUUUAGCUUUGGCGCGCAACCACAGCAGGGGGGCUUCAACUUCGCCAAUGGAGAUAGCAUGGACAUGUGAACAACUUUGCCACAACAACUAUCAAAAAAACAAACUGCCUGGGAAAAUGCGAUAGAGGGAACCAAUGUGUGGAGGUGUUUCAAAAGCACGUUAUUGACUGUUUUCUACGGAUAGCUUACACUUUCUCUCAUUUGGUUCGGGUUUUUGUGCUUUUCUCUUUGCCUACUUUUUCCUUUUGUUUCUCUCUCUCUCUUCUCGUUUCCCUGUUUUUCCCCACAAAUCUCCACUCUAGGGCCGGUGUUCUGUACGGCGGAGGCAAGUGUAGGUGGUUGGUGGAUGAUGGAUCGGAAGAAAUGAGAGAAUGGGAAAUGUGAAAAAAACAAAACAGGGAAACGCUUUAAUCGCUAUUUGUACCAGAUAACCAGAAAGUGUUUUUUUCUCCUUCCUUCAUCUUCAUUCAUUUCGCCUAUCCAGAAUAUUUCCUCUACUGUUCCACAUCUUUUUUGUAUUUUUUUCUUUUUGCAACUAUGACACCCCCCAUCCGCCCAUUCAUCCAUCAUGUUUUCUUUUUGUUUACCUCUUGUCACAUUUUUUUUUGUCAUCAUCAACGUGCCCCAAUUCUUUUCCUGCCCAUCUAUCUACCCGUCUACCUUAUUCAUUCACCUUAUCGCCGAUCCCAAAUAAAUCUAUCAGACCAGAGCAGAAAAUUGGCACCACCAUUUGCCCAUUCGUCUUAGGCGUCGCGUUCGGAUUAGGUUCCCGCAGCGAUACGUCCCCAUGCUCUGCUUAGAUUGGUUUAGUCCAGUACAUCUUACCCCACUCGGGUACCCCAGGCCAUUUGCGAGCAUCGUGGCCGAUAGUGGGUAAUCACGGAGAAGAAAGUGAACAUGUUGUAGCACUUGGAGACCGGGUAUAGUGGGAAAAACAAUGUACUGUGCCCCUUAUAUCAAUAACUUGACUACCUAGUAACUAUAAUGUUCAUUGCUGCAAUAUGUACUCAGAAAGAUGCGUGCAUGGCUAGGUAUUAUACACGCGAGCAAUGAUUCAUGAUACAUGGAAAGUAUAAGUUUUGUGGUUGAAGAAUUGUUAUUUUUCUUCUCGUUUGCGGCACUGGGGACACUGGUAAGGUGAAUCGGAUGGGACGACACACAGGAUAGGGUUUACCACGUGCAUUCAUCAUCAUCAUUCCCACACGGGUGAAUGA